AUGAGCAUGAACACAUCGAUUGACGAAAGAAACCCCGAGAUCAUCUGCGAGACGGGCUUCACGCACGAGAGAGGGGCUGAGGGCGGCCCACAGGCCCGGCACUACGUCACACCCACCACCGCCUACCAGAGCGAGUUCCCGCCAGUUCACCUGAGGCCGCCCGACCGACUGCCGUCCAACAACAACGACACGCGGGACGUGGGCACCGGCUACCCUCACCACCGCGCCGUCCUGGUGGGCGGCAUCCUACGGCCCCCGCGAACGCGAUACCAGUUUGACUUCGACAAUCCUACCAAUAAAGAAACAAAGGAUAAUCUUCUUCCGACGAAAAUCAGCAGCUCCGGCUUCAACUCCAACAAUCCUAUUAAACUACUUCAGCUCGACUCCAGGUCAUUCUGCACCGACUACAAAGACAGGUUCGUGGACCUGACGCCGAAAGGCGCCGCGCGCGAGGGACACACCACCGGCAACAUCACGGCGCGCACGCAGAUAUUCUACCCGCUGGCUUCCUUCCGGCACCACAUGCAGGCGCACAACGACAGCGCGCUGCCCGGCCGCCAGGCGUACGUGCUGCGCUCCUGGGCCGCGCGCAGCGCCCCUGGCGGCAUCGGCACGCAACAGCGCGAUGGUCCGCUGGUGGAGCCCGUGUAGUCGGCGCCAGGUGGCGCCGCGUGCCGGCAACAUGGCGACUGAGCCCCGAGGCAUCCUGUGGCCUCGAGACUGGUGUGUCUACACUCUGUCUCUUGUGUUGUGUCUUGUUGAAAUACACUGCA